UUACAAAUAAUCUUUUUUAUUGACUAAUUCUAUUGUUAACAGUCACGGAACCUAUUUAGUUUCAGUUUAGCCAAAGUCGUAAACAGUGUUAUCUGCUGUUACAAAUAUUUAUGUAUUAUUUAUAGCAUCGUGUUAAAUUAACACGACAUAACCUCAAAACAAAGAUAGUCAAUACUGGAUAAGACUAUUUAUAAAAUAAAACAAAAUGACCUCGUUAUUCGAUCAGUUCGAGCAACCCUCGAGUAAACCGCGCAACAACAAUUUAACAACAGCGGAAAUGAGUACACUCGGUUACAUCAACAUGACUCUAGAGCAAGACGUCCCAAUUUUUAGCAAAACAAAAAAAGAUUUCACGCCCUCGGAUAAAAUAACGCAUGUUGCUAUUUCUAACAAACAGCUGGCUGUUGCUAUGGCUAAUAAUAUGUUGUUUCGAAUGAAUCUGCACAACCCCCAACAACACGAUGAAAUUUCUUUGACUAAAUACACUACAACAUGCCGAUUAACUAAUUUAUUCAUGGACCCCACUGGCAAUCACUUGCUGUUAACUUUUGCACCAAAAAGCAUAGAAGGGGGCCCUGAGUUGCUUUAUUUGUCGAGAAAAUCAAAUAAGCUGAAAUCUACAACGAAAUUCCGAGGACACGAAUUUACUGAAGUGGCUUGGAAUACUGUGAAUGAGUCAGAAAGCACUACAGGACCUAUUUUAUUGGGUACUUCCAAAGGCUUAAUUUUUGAAACCGAGAUUGUUCUGGAAGGUGACAAGUUUUUCACGUCUGGAUUUUCUUCUAGUUUGGAGCAGUAUUGGAGACAGCUGCCAAAUUAUUUACCAUUGUAUGGGAAUAGAGAAGUAGAUGGAUUGGUAUUCGACAUCGGAAAAGGGUCCAACACACCAAUCACAGGCUUAGAGUUUCACAAAGUGUUAGGCAGUGAUAAGUACGUAAUUUUUGCAGCCACGCCUACCAGACUGUACUAUUUCGUUGGACGAGCUGAACACGAAGAGAAACCCCUUCUCCAACAAGUGUUCAAUCGUUACUUAAACAUACCCGAAAAAGAUACUUAUCUAGAAGUUGACAGCAACUUGAGAUAUUCGCGCUUGAAGUUCUGGUCAGAGAACUUGACCAUUCCGAACUGUUUGGCCUGGAUGACCGAAAAAGGAAUUACUUACGGUCAGUUCGACUCAGGUAUAGACGACAACAUGUCGACUCUGAAAAGCCGAACUCGAUUGAUUAAAUACCCGAAACCCUUGUACGAAGACUAUUCCGUUUCGCAGAAAUUCCCCAUAGCUAUAACACUGACGGAAUUUCACAUUUUGCUAGCAUACACCGACACAAUCAAAGGUGUUUGCUUACUGAACGAGGACGUCGUGUAUGAAGAUAACUACAACGAAGCUUUCGGCAAAUUGAUAAAUAUAGUCAAAGACGCAAGUACGGGAGAAAUUUGGGCGAUUACGGAAAAUGCGGUUUUCAGGUUUAAAGUAAGCAAAGAAGAGAGAAACGUGUGGCAGAUUUUCUGCGAAAACCAGCAGUUCGAUCUUGCUAAGAAGUACUCGAGGGGCAAUGAAGCGUCCUACAAUCAAGUUCUGAUCAAAGAAGCUGAGAUGUUAUUCAACAAGAAAGAGUACGAAUUGAGCGCACAAAGAUACGCGGAAACUCAGUCGAGUUUCGAGGAGAUUUGUUUGAAGUUUAUUCAAGUCAAUCAACAGGAUUCACUCAAGAUUUUUCUGAGGAGGAAGCUGGAUACGUUGAAGCCGCAGGAUAAAACCCAGAUUACCAUGAUCGUGAUUUGGGUUAUUGAGUUGUAUUUGAGUAAACUGGAAGAGAAGAGGUUAGUUGGUUUGGAGCAGAGUGCGGCGUAUUUGGAUAUUCAGAAGGAAUUCGAGGCGUUUUUGGCUCUGACGGAGGUUUCGGAUUGCAUUAAGAAAAAUAAGUCGACGAUUUAUGAACUGAUGGCCAGCCAUGGAGAUAAGAGUAAUUUGAUCAAGUUGACGAUUGUCAACAAAGACUUUGAACAGUUAAUACGACAUCACAUCUACAAAAAUAGUUUUCACGAAGCCCUGGACGUCUUAAAAGGCCAAAACAAAUACGAACUCUACUACCAGUUCGCCCCGAUUUUAAUGCAAGAAGUCCCGAAACACACCGUCAAAGCGCUAAUCGAUCAAGGCAAAAAACUAGUUCCAGUUCGUCUCCUUCCAGCUCUUGUAACAUGCGAGGGCGAAUUUCACGCCAAACAAGUAAUAACGUAUUUAGAAUUUUGCAUUGAUAAACUCAAAAACACCGAUAAGGCCAUCCACAAUUUUCUGUUAUCUUUGUAUGCCAAACACGAUAAAGAAAAACUGAUGCAGUAUUUGAACUCACAGGGACAGGAGUUGAGUCUGGUGAGCUACGACGUUCAUUUCGCUUUGAGGUUGUGUCAAGAUAACCCAAAUUUAAAAGAAGCGUGUGUUCAGUUGUCUGGUUUGUUGGGCUUGUGGGAAUCCGCUGUUGAGUUGGCUCUGACUGACAAUAAUUUAAAAUUGGCCAAGCAGUUAGCGGAUAUGCCGCCUGAAGAAGAUGUAGAAUUGAGGAAGAAACUGUGGCUCAAAAUUGCGCAGCACGUGGUAAGUGGAAAAGAUGACAUUCAGCAAGCUAUGGAAUUUUUGCGACAGUGUGAUUUGAUUCGGAUUGAAGAUAUUUUACCGUUUUUCUCUGAUUUUGUAACGAUUGAUCACUUUAAAGAAGCGAUUUGUAAUUCGUUGAAGGAGUACAAUCAACACAUUCAGGAUUUGAAGGAUGAAAUGGAGGAAGCUACGAAGUCGGCUCAUUUAGUCCGGGAAGACAUCCAGUCUUUCCGAAAUCGGUUUACCUGUAUCAGUAGUGACAAGAUUUGUGAAAUCUGUAACAUUACUUUGAUGAUAAAGCCAUUUUAUAUGUUUCCCUGUCAACACCGAUUUCAUACAGAAUGUUUGAUGAGCGAAUUGCAACCACUUUUAGGUCCUGCGAAAAAGAAUAAGCUGGCAGACUUAGAAAGGCAGUUAAAAAUCCUGAACACACAAACAAACGUCGACAAUGUCAGUACGGGUUCUGGAAUGUCCGCCAGAGAAAUAGUGAAAUCGGAAAUCGACAAUAUUGUGGCCUCUGAGUGUCUGUUCUGUGGCGAAAACAUGAUCAGAAAUAUAGACAAGCCGUUUAUUGAAGACGAUGACUACGAUAAGAUAGCCAAAGAGUGGGAAUAAAUUUGAGACUUCAAAACUUCAUUCCAUUAAGUAUAACAAUUGCUAGCAUGUCUGUACUGCAGUAUGUUAAGUGUGAUAUAUUUAUAAUAUGUUGCUUUAAGUAAUUAAAUAAAUAAAACAUAAAUGUU